CAUCAACCACGCUAAUACCAGGCGUGCACUUGUCAACCAGCCAUCUGCCUUCUGCCAUCACAAGCCCACACAAGCCCGGCGCUGCACCCCAUCCACUCGCAUUGGCGUCUCCGAGCUGCUCAUCCCACCGCGCAACACGCUUUGGCGGUUUCCCUGCUCCUCCCGCGGACGACGAACGCAGGUGCACACUGCUUCCCGACUAGUCAAGCAGUUUCCCUGUGGCAUCGCCUGCUCGACAAGCCGAACUGACUCAGCACCUUGAAUCCUCGUGUGUUCGAUUUCAAGCUGUAAGAAGCAUGAAUCCUUCUCAGACACCGUCGCCAAGCUUCCACCGCAUACGUGAUAUCAAAAGCGGCAUGAGCAGCCUCGACCCGCUUUGCUGCCCACGAGCUUCCUGCUCAUCUGCUCUUGGCCCGCCAUUUCUGCGCACGUCACCUCAAUUGCAUCCCAAAGCUGCGCAAAGGUCUCUCCGCCUGCCGAUCGAGCGCGCCACCCUACGUCAACCCUCGCACCCUUCACCAGCCGUGCGCACGAAGAGGACGUCAAGUUCACGAAAUUGCAACGGAUCACUGUGGCGCUUCACGCUCGUGACGCUGCUCUCCGUCUGUCUACUCGCUUCGUGUCUUCCAGCUGCGCUCGCAUCGCAAGGUGAUCGGUCAUUCGAGUAUAAACACUGCGUGGAGUCAUGCGAGCGCGACUCUUGUGGACCGGAUCCUAAUUGGGAUGAUGGCGUUGCGCAUACAACCCACUUGCCGCUCAUCCUUCGAGCCAUGGGAUGGACAUGUCCGGACGAUUGCAGGUACCACUGCACCCACCGAGUCACCAACGACGCCUUUGAUCGCGUCAAUCACAUCAAGAGCGAAGCGCAGCAAGCUGUGCAAGCUCUGGCCAGCAUAGCCGCGUCUGAUGGUAGCCAGGGCUUCGGUGGCAUGUCGCGGGCUGCUCAGAAGCAAAAGUACGAGGAAUUGGUGGAGAGCAGGCUCAAGCAGCUGUCGCCUGUGCAAAAGCAGAUGGUCCAGUAUCAUGGCAAGUGGGUCUUCAUUCGCUUCUUGGGGGCUCAAGAACCCCUGAGCGUCAUCUUCAGCCUCUUGAACCUUUGGGUGCACUCGAAAGGCGUGGUGCAGCUGCGAUCGCAGUUGCCAGACCUAUUCCCACUGAAGGUCAUCUACAUUCUUCAUGCGCUCGUCAGCUGCAACGCAUGGAUCUGGUCCGCGGUAUUCCACGCCAGAGACAAGGGCUGGACAGAGAAGCUCGACUACUUUAGCGCAGGCGCUGUCAUCCUUUCAGGACUAUUCUUUUCCAUUUGCCGUCUAUUCCGCAUCCCGCCUUCCCAUCCCAAUUUUACUCUGCUCGCACGUGUGUGCGCUGGAGCGCUCGCCGUUCAUAUCCUUUAUCUCAGCAUCGGGCGAUUCGACUACUCGUACAACAUGACGGCCAACGUGCUCGUUGGCUUAGCGCACACGUUGCUUUGGCUUGCCUACUCUUUGCGGCCCUCGGCCUUCCCCGGUCCCAAUGAUGGCGUAUCGUCUAGCGCGAGAUCUGCUGCAAACGGCAGGGCGAACGAAUUGCCACCGAAUGCGCUGAGUGGGAAUGCAUCUUCUCCGACUCCUAUCCUGUCGACGAUUCCACCACCAUCAUCAUCGCGAACAGCGAGGAUCAGGCUACAGCUGGUCGUAGGCCUCCUAGUAGCUGCGACGUCCCUAGAGCUGCUCGAUUUCCCUCCCAUCCUGCGCGCUCUGGAUGCGCAUGCGCUAUGGCACCUGGCUACAGUGCCGCUCGCGAGCAUGUGGUACAAGUGGCUGAUCGACGAUGCGAGGGAGUGCACAUCCUCCGGCUGGUGGGUAGGCAGAGGACUUAGGGAUCCUUCCAUCGACGUCGCUCCACACGUCGUCGAGGCGAUGGAAAAGGCCAAGGUAUGGGCAGUCAAAGCCGCUGCUACCACGCAGCAGGGCCACGCUGUUGGCACUGAGCUCGUCGCUCGGAUAAGGGGAUUCGGAGAAAGAAACCUAAGCGCGACUUUUGGUAGUGCUGUCGGUGCUGGUGCCUCGCCGAGCGAGAGGGAGCUAGAAAAGGCAAAAGAGAUGGGCGGACGCUCGCAUGGUGGUAUUUCCGUGUAGAGCGACUCUAUUCAUCCUGCUCCUCGGCUCCGAUCAUCUCAAAAACGUCACCCCAUCACAUACCCUUCUCCAAGCGCUUAGGUCUUCAGACCCUUCAUGGUGUGAACCUCAAACUAAGGAAAUGCAUGCGCAGCUAAGAAGCAAUUUUUCGGAGCGCAAUCUCCUCGCGUGUGGUCCGCGAUGAUCUUAUCGAACGAUUUCUCAGUCGCCCGCUUGACAGAGAGUCACGAUUUGGAACUUUCGAUACAAAAGAGAUUUACGCAAAUAC